AUGUUUAAGAAAAAGCCUACGAUCAAGAACCUAUCGCCCUUACGGUCUUCUGACCGUCGAAAAAUCGCCGACCAAAUAAUCAGCGACUAUAAGAUCGAAAUCCCUUCCAGCGCGCCUGUCGGCGAAGACUCGACAGCGUCCAACCCCGCGUCGAACCUUACAUCCAUUCGGAAUGCCCUCCUUCCCGAUAACUCGUUGUCGGCACGCUUUACAACAACUGCAGGACCCCAGCUUCGAGAGGUACAGGGCACCGUAUACGUGGGAUCACAUCCAGGAGGGGAGGAACGCAUCCUGUGGUUCAAGCUCGAACACGGACCCGGGGCUGACGGCCGUCUCUACCCCACAGUCUAUACCUUAUGGAAUAAUCCCAACCUAGUACCCUUGCUAUACACCCCGGAGAUGGUCAUGCGCAAACUGCACGGAGGGGCAGACCUGAUGACCCCAGGUCUCGCGAACGAGCCGCCUUUCCCCAAGCGUGCGGUCGAGGGGGCGGUAGUUGCGGUCGCUAGCUUGGAUCGACACACCGUGCCGCUUUUCGUUGGAGUGUGCGAGAUUGAUGUCUCGGCUUUAGGGGAGGUACAAGGCACUAAGGGUCAUGCGGUUCGAGGUCUGCAUUGGGAGGGCGAUGAGUUAUGGGCCUGGAGCUCCUCGUCGCGUCCCGGUCAACCCGCGCCGGAGUAUCUGCCGGGCUGGGAUGAGGAAGAGCUGGAAGGUGACGAGGAGGUAGAUGAAAUUGAAGAAAAGGUUGACGAGUUGACCCUGGACCAGGGCGAAAGCUCUCAAGCGGCGGGUAACCAAGAACCUGCUGAAUCUGCAGAAGCACCGCUUGACGAACCAGCUCCUGUAGAGGAAAAGGAGCCGUCGACGAAAGAAAUUGAUGAAGCCUUCACGAAGGCGUUUAUCUACUCACUAUAUAAGCUUAAGCAGGACAACCCAUCUGCUCCUAAUCACGGGCUGUCCCUUCCCGUCCAACCCUCUUUCUUGAUCUCGAAUAUGAUUACACCCUACCUCCCGAUCUUCUCCGCGCAGCAGGCCCAAUACUACCAAAUCAAGAAAACCAGUUGGAAGAAUGUCAAGAAGUUUAUCAAGUAUCUUGAUAAGCAACAACUUGUCAAGUCCAAGGAUCGGAGUGGCCAAGAGACUAUUAUCCUAGAUGUGGACUUCAAUGACCGCCUCGUCGAGCAGUUUGUCCCGUACCGGCUUCCCUCCAAGUCUGCCCUUGAGAAUGCUAAGAAGCCAACCGCAUCUGCGAAUAAGAAGCCCGAAGCCACGGGCGGUGACCCUGCUGUCGGCCAAACGCUCACAGUUCAGACACUGUAUCGGCCCACGCAGAAGCUGACCCCGACAAUAUUCCCAGCAUUGUCCAGCACAAACCCUCAGAAUUACUACAAAUACUCCGAUGUGUCCAAUCAUCUCGAUCAGUACCUCCAAUCUCAAGACCCUCCCAUCAUCGACAAGCAGAACCGCCGUAUCAUCUCCCUCAACCCCUUCCUCGCCAACACCAUCUUCACUACCUCUUCCUCCGAGGACAAGAGUACGAUUGCACGGAGAAAGACGACCCGCGAUGGACUUCUGAAACGCAUCGUGGAAGACCACAGCCUGAUGACCGCACACUACGCCAUUCUCCGAGCUGGACAGACUCUAGCAGACGUGAAGCCCAAACCCGGCGCGGCCCCGACGGUAACGGUGACUCUGGAGCGCCGCACGGGCUCGAAGACCGUCACCAAGGUUUCAAACCUGGAGGUGUUCGGUAUCAUCCCCAGUCUGCUGGCCGAGGAGCUUCAGAAGAAGUGUGCCAGUAGCACGAGCGUAGCGCAGGCCAACGGCGCUCCGAAAGGCGUUAUGGAGGUGCUUGUCCAGGGCGAUCAGCGACGCGCAUUGGAAACGGCCCUUGUGCGACGAGGUCUGAGGACGCAAUGGAUCGACGUGGUGGAUAAGACCAAGAAGAAGAAAUAG